CAUAAUGAUGGCCGCUUUCGCUGGCAGCGGUAAAGGACCAGAACUAUCCAAAGCUGAGUACCUAAAACGGUACUUAUCCACCGAUGAAGAUGCCAAGAAAUCAAAGGGGAAGCUUAAAAAGAAACGACAUAAAGUUCCUGAGAAAGGACUUAAAAUUGUAGACGAUGACAUAGACUGGAAACAGAUGGUCCAAGAGGAGAAGGAGGUUGAAGAGGACGAAGAUGAAGCUCCAGUGAUAGCUGAGGUGAUUGAUGAUCGACCAGACGAGGUGAAACAGUUAGAAGCUUUCAGAACCAGCAACAGAUGGAAAGUGAUAGGAGCUGAUGAAGAUGAAGACACAAGCAGGGGCCACCAUGACUCGCCAGAGCUGUCAUCAAAGAGAGGGAUGCAUGAUUCUCCUGUCAGAAAGACCCGCCACGACUCUCCAGACACAUCCCCUCCCAAGAGAGGUCGCCACGACUCUCCAGACACAUCCCCUCCCAGGAGAGGUCGCCACGACUCUCCAGACACAUCCCCUCCCAGGAGAGGUCGCCACGACUCUCCAGAAAUAUCCCCUCCCAAAAGAGGCCGCCAUGACUCGCCAGACUUGUCACCUCCACGGCAACAUUCAGGGAAAUCAGGAAAGGUGCAAAGUAAAGAUUCACCCCCCAGCAGAAGAAAGCCCAGCUCAUCAUUGUCAAGUAACAAACGUUCACCUGAUCCUCGUCGGUCACCACUGGCAAAGAGGGCUCAGAACAGGCAUGAUUCAGACCCUGACCAGUCACCUCCACGAAAAAAGCCACAGAAGAGAGAAGCAUCGGACUCUGACCAAUCUCCUCCAAGGAGGCAGUCAAAAACAAGACACGGCUCUGAUUCUGACCAGUCUCCACCCAGGAGGCGGCCGCAGGGUGGAAAGGGCUCGGAUGAAGAUCUGUCACCACCUCGUAGACCUGGCCAGUCACAGGGCCACAGGAUGCUUUCUGGUGGGAAGGCAGGUCUGGUUUCUGUAGAUGUUUUAAGGAAAGAGCAGGAGGAGAACCGACGCAGAGACAGACACAACCAGCCACUAGAAGAUGAAUCCCGCAAUUCCCAGACGGUGUUCCGAGACAAGAGCGGUAAAAAGAGGGAUUUGGAUUUGGAGAGAGAAGAACAGAAGAAGAAAGCUGGAGAAAAAGCAGCAAAGGAUGAGAAAUAUGCUCAGUGGGGGAAAGGGUUGGCCCAGGGCCAGAUGCAUCAGCAGAAACUUGAAGAUGCACUGCACGAAGCCCAGAAGCCGCUGGCACGUCACUACGAUGACGAGGAUCUCGACCGUAUGUUGAGAGAGCAGGAAAGGGAGGGAGAUCCCAUGGCUGCAAUGCUCAGACGGAAAAAAGCUCGCAGCACAAAGACACAAGAGAAGCCUCGGUAUCGAGGUCCAGCACCACCUCCAAACCGGUUCAAUAUUCAACCAGGCUAUCGCUGGGAUGGAGUUGACAGAUCAAAUGGUUUUGAACAGAAACGCUACACACGGAUGGCAGACAAAAAAGCUGGCCAGGAGGCAGCUUAUAAAUGGAGCGUGGAGGACAUGUAACGGCAAUCAGAUACUGAUUAUUUAGGAGCAGCGCAGGUCCACUGAACCUCAGAGAAUUAGCUGAAUGGGAUAUCUACUCUGUGAUGUUAGAACAGCUGCAGGUUAAACUCAUUUACUCAGCAGAAUUGACAUGUUGAUGCAUUUUGUUCACCUUUCCAGAGCAGUUUGGUCCUGUACAACUUAUAUCAGAUUAUUACAAACUGAUAAACCACAAACAUAACUGUAUAUAAUAGUGAGGUGACAGCAUCUUUAUGAUUUUGUAAUAACAGGUUCAAUGUGGAGAUGUGGUUUUCACUGUUUUAUUAAAUAAUGUUUUUGUUAA